GUACUUUGUCUGAUUAUUUACUUAUCAGCAACAUCCGUGCUCGAUUACUAAUUCCCAACAAACAGCAUCCUUUGGCGAGCCAAUAAUUGACCAACAACGACGAUAUCACUAUGAUGGGACCCGCGGCGGCUUAAUUUAAUCCAUUACUGCUUGGGCUUAAAAUAAUCCCAAAAAUGGCUAAAACGGCCCUUUUUGAAACAAGCCACAACAUGGCUUACUUGAGCACUUUUCUGGGCUUAUUUUUUUUGUUUUGAACUAGACCACCGGACUUCAUCAAGAACAGGCAGGCAUGCACAGCUGACACAUGGCCUUUUUGGCUGCAGUAUACUGCACCGGUCUUGUGGGAUGGACUACUUGAAUCAAGUUCCUACAAGCAUUUUGUGCGAUUUUCGGAGCCUUGUUAGAGAAUGCCUGGCCUACGAGAUGCCGAGGGAACGCCUUGUGGGUCUGAAGACAGACUGGGUUAAAUGGAGUGUGGACUUUUACCGUCUCUACCACGGGAACAAGCCUAGCCAUCUCCAUGUUUGUUCGACUCAGGUGCAUUCAGUCUUUCACUUCGGUUUAACCGAAUCAUCGAGAUGAUGGGGCCCAUUUGGGUGUCGUGACAGUUCGCUAUGGAGCGUUAUUGUGGUGACCUUGGCCGAAAUCUAAGGAAUAUGCGACACCCCUAUGCCGGCAUGUCCUAACGGAUUUUGGCCAAGAGUCACUUCAACACAUUGCGAACAAGUACGACCUUCACUGGGGAGGUAGAGGAAGGGUGAGCGACGAUGAAGCCCCUAAGCGGUAUGAGACGAUCUUGCCAUCGUGUAAGUCCAAGUCAUAUCAUGUAGCGCCUGACGCACACAAUUGAUGCCUGUUCAAUGCACAUUAUGCUUUGUCCUUCCCGACCAAUGAUACCCAAGGUAUACUCAAACCCAGCCUGCUGAACAAACUCAUCAACACGGUUACUACCCAACACAAUAUCCCGCCGACGAAUGAGCUUAGAGCUUUACUGUCAAAGGAAAAGUUGAGGGUGUGGAACCGUGUUCGAGUGUUGGAUAGAGGCGAUUCCAUUCGUGUGUCGAGGAUGGAUACUGCUGAGGAGGACAGGAGGAGUGCCGCUUCGUCUCGUAUGGUGUCUAUCGACCGCAAUAGGCAUCAUCCAGCCAGGCGUGUAGAGUUCGAGGACCACCUAUGCUAUGGUGAGCUCCUGAACUUGAUCACCAUCGACCCGCCCUACCAUCCGAAGUCCUCCAACACCCCUCCUGUUACUCUCGCCUUCGCCCAUAUCAAACCAGCGGUGUCACAUAAGCACCGUAUUGGUAGCCAUGAAUGGAGCUACUAUAAAAAGCACCAGGCGGAGGAGAUUGUGGAUCUGGCCUCUGUCAAUCAGCUGGUUGGAAGGGUUAAGAGUAUCUCAAAACCCGGCACCACCUAUAUAAUUGACAGCGGCACGCGCUACAGCCGAGUGUCUUUGGCGUAAGGUAAACUGGAUGGAAGGUACGUAGUAUCAUGUUGUUGUGGAGGCUGCGAGUGAAAAAUG